UAAGGUGGGGGAAGGAAUAACAAAGAAAGUUCUGAAGCAGUUAAAAAGUUUUUUGGGUAUCUAAGAUAAUGUCUUACCCACAGGAUCCCUCAAAGAUGAUGGACAUUGUGAAAGAAAAACCAGUGUUAAAACAGUCCACUCGGACUCGAACUCGACCUGUGAUGUUAAGAAACUGGUCCAAAUGUACCCGUCGAGCCUGCCGUAACACUUUUCAGGGGUUAAUCAUGCCCCUCUGCACUGUAUUCAGCACUUUUGCCUUCCUGGUAUUGGUUGUAUGUUGUUCUGCUACAAACAAAUGGGCAACAUUGAAAUCGAAGGACCAAACAUGGGAGCUGCAGCACAUUGGCAUUUGGCACGACUGCUUAAGCACAAACUGCUGGACAGAUAUUCUUUUUUGGCCUCUUAUCCAGACUGCCCAGGGUUUCCUGAUCACAGCUGUCCUUUGUAGCUUCCUGUUAACCACGUGGUUGGUUGGUUUUUUCUGUACCUCUCCUUCACUGAAGAUGCAAUGCCAUCUUAUCUUCAUUAUCCUUUCCUCCUUGACAGGCAUUAGUCUCUUCAUUGCCAUAUUGCUGAUUGUGUUCAUUUUGGAAAAAACAACUGCAGUGCAAAACACUUACUAUGUAAUCCUGUGGCCUUUUUAUUUGCUGUGGUUAGCGCUAAUACUGUGCCUGAUUUCCUGUAUCCUGGGAAUCAUUUCUUAUAAGGGACUAGGCCAGAAAAGAAGGAGAGCUACAACUAUAUCAAAAGAAGAAAAACCGCCUAAUGAACAAAUGUACUCAAAAGCAAGCAUAUUGUUAGCAAAAUCAAUUAUUUCAAAAUCUAUAUCUCAAACCAGAAACCCCAACUCAUCACAACUGUCCAUGUCUCCCUUGGGGGAUAAUUGGACAUCCCAUAAGGGAAUUUAUGAUGCAUUUAAAGAUCUGUAAAUAUGUGAGAUCAAGUCCACUGAUGAACAUUCUGUUCUUCCCAUAAAAAUGUGUAAAACGUCUGUAUGUAAUUCUAUCAUGUAUACCUAUCAAUUAACAACCUUGUUGAAAUGAGGGUUCAAGCCUAGAUUAUGUGAGUCAUUGGUCCUGUGGGACAAAUACGUUUUUUUCUCAAAAAUGUGUUUUGAAAUAAAAUCAGUUGACCACUCCC